UCCAUCCAGCACCAGGGACACAACAGUGAGUGUUGCACUGUUGCUGGGAGAGGUUGUUAGAUUGCUGACUGUCCGUGAGCAGUCACAGUAUUUCCAGCAAAUACAGGAACUAAAAGUGAUUAUCGGAGUCAGGGAGGGCACAGGAAGUUUCUGUUGGGCAAGUUCAAGCUGUGUUUCUGCAAAUAAGGAGGGACUCCUUGAGUUUUCUUUUGUGCACUUUAUUAACUGACUUUGAAAACAGGAACACUCAUAACGCUCAUAAGAUGGGGGACGAGAAGUAUAAAGGUAAAGAGCCUCUUGUUGAAGAUACAAAAGUCAGAGUGCUUUAUGAAAGUGAGGCAUCGUUCGGGCCCGAUGACAAAGCUGAUUACCCUCCUGCUGGGACUAACUCCAUCUACUCUGCCAUUCUGAGCAGAAAUGAGACGGUCAAGGAUGCCAAGCGUCUUAAGACUUUCUUGGAACUGCGAGACAAAUACGUGAAGAAGAACGUGGUGUUUGAAGACCCUCUGUUUCCUGCAAACGACUCCUCACUCUUCUACAGCCACAAACCUUUAAUGAAGUUUGAGUGGAAGCGGCCCUCGGAAAUAUGUGAAAACCCACAGUUCAUCGUAGAUGGAGCCAACAGGACAGACAUCUGUCAAGGAGAAUUGGGUAACAUUUCAACCAUUUCUGCUUGGACCAAGAGGUUCAAUUGUUAAACAGUGCAUUACAUUACAAUCACAUUGACUC